AUGAAAGCAAAUGGCUUCAAGAGAGAAGAGGAUAAACAGAGCCCCCUGACCCACGGUGCCAAGGAAACACACACCGGCAUUAACCCUUGGCGGACGGUGCCGGGCCGUGGGGUGCCAACCCGGAACCGGCCAAGGGGGGUAUCCCCUGGCUUCCCUCCUGCAGGAGGAAAUUCCCAGCGCCGCCAGGACGGGCCGGUGCACCCUGGCAUAGCAUUCGCCUUCCCCAUCACCCAGGACACCAGGCAGGUGCUGGUCAUGCCACCACAGGGUACCCCGACCUGCCAGGACAAGUGGUCCCACAGUGCCCUGCUCACCCGUGGCUGCCAGCGAGGCCGUGCCCGCCGCAGCCUCCCUGACCCACGCAGCACCAUAAGCAAGACCCCCCAGCCAGCCCCGUGCCAGGAGAAGGUCAAACAGCCCCGUGGUAGCACAGAGCCCAGGCCCCCAAUCCCCUUCUCCCUGGGCACAACUCCCUGGGAGGGGAAGCUAAGCAAAACUGUCAGCCUGGCUGCUGUGCCCACCGUGUGCCAGCCAGCCUGGCCGCGCUCCCCAGUUUACCAGCGGCUGGCACCCACCCUGCCACGGACCCAGCACCUGGCAGCAGGACCCCUCCCCCCCCCCGUACUCACCGCCCCCUCCAGCCGCUGCCCAUGGGGCCUGGGGACGCGGUGGGGACAGCCGGGGCAGAGCGGAGCGGAGCACGCAGAGCAGCCGAGGCUGCCGGGAGAGGCCAGCGCUCGCCUGACCUACUUCUCCUUCCGCAUCACCUGCUUUCAUUUUCCCUCGCCCGCCACGGCUCCGGUCCCCCCCGCCAGCCCACAGCCAGCCCCGCCGAGUCACGCCACCGGCUCCCGGUGGCACCGGGGCACCCAAGGCCCGUGGCUCCCACCCCGUCGGUGUGAACGCAAACUGCUCAGCCCCAUCCCCGGAGACGGAACACGGCUUUGGGCACCGGAGUGCGCUGAAGGUCACCAAGCCAUGGGCACCGGCCAGUGGGCACGGCCGCCUCCCCCGCCGCCUGCGCGGCCACCCAAGCGUCACCUCCAUGGCAUGAAGCGAGUCGGACGGGUCUCGGCCCAGCCCCUCACUGGUCCCUCCGGCUGCCCCAGGGCUCGCUGGGGUGUGGACAUGCAGCUCCCGGGGCAUGUCGGGGACGCCAGCUCUGCCGCAGGGAGCCAGGCGGGCGCCAACCUCCCCCCAACCCCCGCCCCGGCCCCCCCUAGACAGGGCGGCCUCCCCCGCCAGCACCCCGCUGGCUCCCGCGGUGGGGUUACCAUGGAAAGGCGGCGGCGGCGGCGCAGGGGGAGCGAGAGCUCCCGGGGGCUCCCGCCAGCAGCCCGAGAGCUGCCAGGAGAGAUUUCUCCGUGGUUUCAUCAUCCGCCGCCUGCCCCGAAGGAGAAGUUCUACUGCUCCAUGGAGUGGGGCAGUAGCCACCCCGUCGAGGGCCGGGGCAUAGGGGCUUGCGCUGGCCCUGCACCCCCCCCCACGCACCCACUGCCCGCUCCUCCCGCGCUCAGGCCCUUCGCACUCUUGCCACGUGUGCACCGAGGGUGCCCGGCACCAGCUGGCAGAGCCACGCUGCCACGGCCUCGGGCUCAGCACCGCAGCACUGCCAGCAAGGGGGGUGCUUGCCAGCCUGUGCCCAGGCAUGUGCUGCUCUUCAACCUCAUCCCCAGCAAGGGCACCCCUAGCCCCAGUCCUGCUGCCCCACACCCUCCCCUGCCCAACAGCUUCCCUUUCUCCACGCACCCACUUCAAGUUCCUGAGCCCAACCCCUCGGCACCCGGCACCGGCAGCACCACCGCCGCCUCAAGCCGCCAGCAGCUGCCCUGUGCCUCUCACCACGUCUCCUCGGCCCAGCGAAAGCAGCUCUGGGUCACGGGUGGCCACGGCAACGGGGGCGAGCGGGGCAACGAGGGCGACAGGUCUUCUGUGGCGCGGGCCACGGCGGGAGGGUAA